GCCUCAUUUUAAAAAAUGUUACUACAAACUUUGCUUUGAAACUACAGACCCUGCCCUUUCCUUUCUGUCGCCUGCUCUUUGGAUUGUGUUGUGGAGGACUGGGUCUCUGACAAUGGGAAGCUUUCUCUCUCUCGGCCUGCUAUGCUGACACUCCUCUCCCUCCUGUUGGGAAUUCAUGUUAAGUGGUCCUCGUGCCCAAUUUGAAUGUCCAUCACCAUGGCCAAGCGUGAGACAGGCAGCACCAGCCCUGUGGUCAGGCAGAUAGACAAACAGUUCCUGGUCUGCAGCAUCUGUUUAGACCAUUAUCACAACCCCAAGGUCCUGCCCUGCCUGCACACCUUCUGUGAGAAAUGUCUUCAGAACUACAUCCCUCCCCAGUCCUUAACACUGUCCUGCCCAGUUUGCAGACAGACCUCUAUUUUGCCAGAGAAGGGCGUGGCAGCCCUGCAGAACAACUUCUUUAUCACAAACCUGAUGGAGGUGUUACAACGAGACCCAGAGUGUAGCCGACCUGAGGCCUGUAAUGUUCUUGAGUCGGCCAGUGCAGCUACGGCCUGCCAGCCUCUUUCCUGCCCCAACCACGAGGGCAAGGUGAUGGAGUUUUACUGCGAGUCAUGUGAAACAGCCAUGUGUCUGGAGUGUACAGAAGGAGAACACAGGGAACAUGUGACAGUUCCUCUGAGGGACGUGCUGGAACAGCACAAGUCAGCUCUUAAAAAUCAGCUGGAUGCUGUUCGUAACAGAUUACCUCAGCUGACAGGUGCCAUUGAGCUUGUGAAUGAGAUCUCCAAACAGCUUACGGAGCGUAAAAAUGGGGCAGUGACUGAAAUCAGUAAUACUUUUGACGAGCUAGAGAAAGCCUUACACCAACGCAAGACUGCUCUGAUUACUGAGGUGGAAAACAUCUGCAGCACCAAACAGAAGGUGCUUCAAGCCCAGCUGAGUGCUCUGCUUCAGGGCAAAGAGAACAUUCAGAGCAGCUGUAACUUCACAGAGCAGGCCCUGAGCCAUGGCAGUGCCACCGAGGUCCUGUUGGUGCAGAAGCAGAUGGGGGAGCGGGUUAGUGCUUUGGCGCGACACACCUUCCCUGAGCAUCCCCAUGAAAAUGGACACCUGGAGUGCCAGGUAGAGACGGAUGGGCUGAGGCGCUCCAUACAGAACCUUGGAGUUCUGAUCACCACAGGGGCUGUGGGUCACACUAGUGUUGCUACAGGCGAAGGCUUGAGACAUGCACUCGUUGGCCAGCACACUACUGUCACAGUCACUACUAAAGAUAAAGAUGGAGAACUAGUUAAGACUGGUAAUGCUGCUCUGAGGGCAGAGAUUGUCUCUGCAGAUGGAGCACGCACUGAAGCCGAGGUGGCGGACAACAAGAACGGCACCUAUGAGGUUGGAUACACAAUCCGCUCAGAGGGAGAGUUCACCUUCUCUCUGCUGCUGUAUGAGCAGCCUGUGAGGGGGAGUCCUUUCCGUUUGCGUGCAGUCAAGCCAUCAGAUGUCCUGCAGUCACCAGACGACGUGAAGAGAAGAGUGAAGUCUCCGAGCGGAGGAGGAGGUCAUGUUCGACAGAAGGCCGUGCGCAGGCCCUCCAGUAUGUACAGCACCACCAAGAAGAAGGAAAACCCCAUCGAGGAUGAGCUGAUCUACAGAGUGGGAACAAGGGGGCGAGAUAAAGGAGAAUUUACAAACCUACAAGGCAUCUCAACCUCCAGUAACGGACGCAUCGUGGUGGCAGACAGCAACAACCAGUGUAUACAGGUCUUCUCAAAUGAUGGCCAAUUUAAGAUGAGGUUUGGGGUCAGAGGUCGUUCACCAGGGCAGCUGCAGCGCCCCACAGGGGUCACAGUGGACAUGAACGGUGAUAUAAUUGUAGCCGACUACGACAACAGAUGGAUCAGUAUCUUCUCCUCGGAUGGAAAGUUUAAGAGCAAAAUAGGUGCUGGGAGACUAAUGGGACCCAAAGGUGUGGCUGUGGAUAAGAAUGGACACAUCAUCACGGUUGACAAUAAGGCCUGCUGUGUAUUUAUUUUCCAAUCAAAUGGGAAGCUGGUGACAAAGUUUGGAGCUAGAGGGACAUCAGACAGACACUUUGCAGAAAAAAGUGGUGCAAACAUUGCACUGGAACAAAAGCUUAGUAAAUCUGGCCCUGCUUUCAGUCCUCACUUUGUGGCUGUUAAUAACAAAAAUGAAAUCGUGGUAACAGACUUUCAUAACCAUUCAGUCAAGGUGUACAAUGCUGAUGGGGAGUUCCUGUUUAAAUUCGGCUCCCAUGGAGAGGGAAACGGACAGUUCAAUGCUCCAACAGGCGUGGCUGUGGAUUCCAAUGGAAAUAUCAUUGUGGCUGAUUGGGGCAACAGCCGGAUCCAGGUGUUUGACAGCUCAGGGUCCUUCCUGUCCUACAUCAACACAUCAGCAGACCCCCUUUAUGGCCCCCAGGGCUUGGCCCUCACCUCUGACGGUCAUGUGGCGGUGGCGGACUCUGGGAACCAUUGCUUUAAGGUGUACCGCUACCUGCAGUAAAGACCUAAGAUGGCCAUUUUCCACCACUGAAAGCACUGACAACGACACAACUAAUGUAUUCCACAGGGUGCAAAGACCUUUACAACACAGCCUUUUGAUGUGCAUAUCAGCUGAUCUCCUGGAUAUAAAUAAGUGUCUGAUCCUGAGUUUACUCCUUAUGAUGUGUAUUUAAAGGUGUUUUUAAAGUUGGGCAAUGUAGCAUCCUUGGCAAAUGUAAUGAACAUAACACUUUGGACUGGUUUAACAUCCUAAUGUUGGAACUAUUAAAGGCCGGGCAGGGUAGGAGAUAGAUUAAAGUAUUCAAUGAGCCAUAACUUGUCCAAAUGCAUGAAGUUUUGUUUUAUCUUAAUGCCUAGCCAACAACACAGUGUACACACCGGUUGCUUUUCUCAUGAACUAGUUAAUGCUUACAGUGAAAUGAACAGUGCUACGCUUCUUCAGCAAUGAAAUGUAAGAUUUCUUAUUUACUGGUAUCUCACAUAGAAAUGUCAUCACCAUCUGUGCAUUGAUUUGCUGUAUGUAUUGUAUAUACAACAUAAAUGUAUAUUGUGUAUAUUAGAUCACUGUAUGUAUGUGCUAUGAUUUUGAAACACAAAGCCUAAUGGCUGUUUAGAGAGCAGCGUCAAAUCAAGGACUCCAGGAUUUAAAAAACUGUGUGUAUGGCAGCUGUUAAGAAGUGUGCUUUUUAAACAUACACAGCACAUGCUUAGAAGAAGAGUGUCAUAUUUAUUGCUAAUGUAAUCAGCACAAUUUUGUUUUUUGUUAAUAUCUGUUGUUUUAAAGGGAGAAAAAAAACAAAAUGAAAAAAAAAAACGCUAAUUUAUUUUAUUUUAUACACUAGCUUUUACACUAGCCUUUACAAAUUAUUUUUCUAAAUUUAUGUUGUUUAUUUUCUUUAGAGCUUUAUAUACUUUAUCCCUUUACCUGUAAGAGAAACUUCACUUUAAAGCAGAAUUCCUUUUGUUCCCCCAAAUUUUUUCUAUAAUACAGAUCAGUGUUUGUGCACAUGAGCAGCUCUUUUCCAAAUCAUCAAACAAGUCUUUGUUUUAAUUUUAGAUAUAGUCAUAAGAGAAUGUUUCCUGUUCAGAAUUAAUGGCUGAAUAUUAAAGCUCAUGAUACGAUGGUUUUGCCUUGAACAGUCAUAGAGCUUUAUUCAUCAAAGUGUGAACAGUUACAAACCAGAAGAAAAUACACACAUCUCAGGAAAUACAUCCAAAUUUAACCACCACAUCCGUGUAACAAUGUUAAUUUCUCUUUCUUUUGGAUGGUAUACAUUUUUUUUUGGGGAGACCUAAGGAGCAAAUUUGAUUCCAGAUCAUAAAUAAUUGGGUGGAAAUGAAUUCUGUUUUAUAGUGCUGUUUUUGUUUUUUGGCUUUUACAUAAGGAACAGCGACAAAUUCUGUGAUAAUUUAUUAGAUGACAUUUUCUAACAAACUCAUCCACACUUAGGAAUACACUUGCCCAUGAUACCGUUGUAAUGUAUUGCUAAAAGACAAAAAUCAAAGUUUCUGCCUGCACUACAUGAAGCCAUGAAAACCUAGAACAAACCUGUACAUGUGGAGCUGUUUCUGCUCUUGCCCCUCCCCCUAGUGUUCAUUCUGUGUAAUAUCAUAAGAAAACCUGGUGCCACAGCAGAAGAGAGACCAGUUGCAUGAAGAAAGCAACUUCCUGGUCUGGAAAUGAUCACCCUCAGCACUGUGUUAAACAUCUGAAAACCAACAUUCACUCUGAAUGAGCUACAGGAUAUGACCCAGGUUCACCAGUUCUUUAACCAGGAAGCUGUUCCUUCUCAUGCACUUGAUCUCUUGUUGACUUGUUGCCAAACAGGAGCCCACUGACUUCUUUAUAGAGUCAGAGGCUCACCUUUAUGACGUGUCUGAUACAUUUAAUUGUAUGCUGUUUGUGUCACACCAAUACAAACUAUAUUGUUUUCUCUAUGAAUAUGCACUGGUAAUAAAAGCACAUGGUUUACUGA